UCUUCAAAUGCCCUGUCUGAGAAAAGGUCAUGCUCUACUUACCAAAGUGACAACAUUGGCUGUUGAAAAGGAGCAAUCAAACACUUAUCUUGGGCCGAGGAGAGGAGCUUCAGCUAGUCUGACACUCAACUCAAGACAGGUACGUUCAGGGCGCACUCUGGGCGGAAAUGACAGCUCUCUCGUGUCGUUUCUGAAACUAGCAAAACUUAAAUACUGUUUAAUUUUUUUAAGGGAUUAAAUUCAGUAGAUGUCUCAGCUAGAUGUAUCUAAUGCAUAGAUCUAAAGUUACAAUUAUCCCGCAAGGGGGCACACGAGAAAAAAAAAACAUAAAAUAACAGUUAACACUGAAGAGCACUUCCGGGUCAACGUGUACUUCAUGUUAGCUAACAGUUGACUUAAAGUGUUGUCUUUGGUCUGUCUCUUAAAUAAAAAAGGAUUCGCUUCCAUGUUUCUUCUUCCUUCUUCUGUGUAGUCUGUCGCCGGUCAUGAUCAGGUCAGUGCUGCAGCGCAGUUUAACCUCCCAUUUACUCUCCUGUACCAGAAGAUCAUGUCUACUAACAGGUCGGAUACAUAAUGGUGUGCAGCCUCCUUCACCAGGUCACACACCCGUCCAGCAGCGCUUCCAUGGACCCUUUAUACCAAAAAUCACAGCUCUGGUCAGGUACUCAGACUUGUCCACACAGAAGUACACUAUGAUUUACACCCUGCCGUACAUUAAGCUCCUCAGAGCCGUGUCCAGGCUCAAACUGCUCCAAACUGCCAUCACCGUGGUCAUCUUGCCCCCAGUGUACGUCCUCUACCUCCAGGGAGAUGUCCCCCUCUUCCUUGCCAGCUACACAACUGGGAUAGCACUGUUUGCUGGUGUCAUGCUAUACACUGUCAGCCACUUUUUCAGGAGGGUUGUGGGUAUGAUGUACCUGGACCCAUCCCAGACUACACUCAAAGUGUCCCACCUGACCUUCUGGGGCAAGCGCCAUGAUAUCUACCUCCCUGUGUCAGAUGUUAUGACCAUCAGCGACACAGGGGACUCCGCAAAAGAGAUAAUAUUGAAACUAAAGAGAUACAGCAGUCCACAGACAUUGUAUUUCUCCACUCAUUAUGGACGUGUGGUGGACAAACUAGGUUUUGAGAGAGUCUUUGGAAAUUUAAAAUGAUGGAUAAUUAUUCAAAACGCAUGGAUUUGAAUCAUAAUAACAGUGGAAAUUUUAUAAGCCCAAUGCAACAUUGGGAUAAUGUGGAGUCUGUUCACCAUGGAAGAUGGGUAAUGAAUAUUUGAGUGAAUUAAGUUUGUGAUUGAAAAGUGAGGAUGCGUAUCUGUGGGCUUCAGCUGCACUUUGAAGUAGAACAACAUGCCAAGUAACCAGUGUUGGUAAUAAUAUGUUAAUAGUAUUUUAAGAUUUCUGUCAUCUGGUAACCAAUGACCUAAUAUGUGAUGCAGAAAACAAGUGAAAUAAAAUCAAAGUCUGCUUUAUA